AUGGCAGCGGGCCCCACGCCAUCCACAGCCGCGUCCUUCCGGCCGCCCCUGCCGCCUCCGCCGCCGUGCUUCGACUACCGGUCCGCGUCGCUCGCCGAUACGCGUGCCAGCGCCGCCACCGCGGACCCCGCGCUGGCUGGGUUGGUCGAGUCCGGUGCACUGGUACGCGUCCCGCGGCGGCGGUUCGGGCCGGUGCCGGCGUGGCGGCCGCCGGAUUUCGCUGAGCCCGAGGACGUGUGGAUCCUCGGGACCUCGCACCUCUCCGCGGAGUCUGCCGACGAGGUCGAGCGCGUGCUCCGUGCCGUCCACCCCGACAACGUCGUCGUCGAACUCUGCCGGAGCAGAGCCGGGAUCAUGUACGCUUCCGACGACGCCUCCGGCGAGCCGCUGUUGAAAUCCAACAUGUUUUCGCUCGGCGGCGCCAAGUUCUUGGGAGCCGUCAACCGGAGCAUCAACCUGGGUGGACAGAGUGCUCUUGCUCUGCGUUUGCUCCUGGCUGUUUUUUCUUCCAAGAUUUCUUCUGGCGCGAACCGGCCGUUUGGGGAGGAGUUCCGAGCAGCUAGGAGGGUGUCUGAAGAUAUUGGCGCUCAGCUCGUUCUUGGGGAUCGCCCUAUUGAAAUAACUCUUGAACGAGCUUUGAAAUCCCUCAGCUGGGAUGAAAAGACUAAACUCGUAAUCUCAUUAUUCCGUGGAAUCACUUCAACCACCGAUAUGCCGCAGGAUGAGAAAGCUGCGGUUAGCCCGUACGAGUUGUACGAGAAGCUUAGCAGCUCAUAUCCUUCGCUGCUGCAGCCUCUCAUACAUGAGCGCGACAUGUACAUGGCUUGGUCCCUAAAGAGGAGCAAGGCCGUGAACAAGAGCAAGACGGUGGUUGGGGUCAUCGGGAAGGGGCAUAUGAACGGCGUGGUGUACGCGCUGAUCUCUGACCAGGGGGACCUGAGGUUCCGCGACCUCGUCGGCAGGGAAUCGUCGGAGACCUGGGCUAGCUCCGUUGUCAAGGGCCUGGUCAGGGAUACGGUGAUAGGGCUCGUCCUCUGGGCUCUGUACGAACUGCUGCAGCUUGAGAUUGUAAAGUCAAGUGAAGUACUCCCUAUGUAA